AUGGCUGGAGCUGCUCUUGGCCGUCGCGGCGGAAUACCAGUCAGAGGAGGUUCACAUGUCCGCGGAGGAGGUCCCCCUGGUAUGCCCGCGAAUGGUUACAUGGCCAGUAGCCGUGGCAGAGGUGGCUCGAUGGCUUGGGGUGGUCGAGGCCGAGGAGGAGGCGGUGUAGGAGGUUUCGGUGGCGCUCCUUCGGGUGUGGACGAUCCUCCACCCAGAAGUCUAGCGAGAAAGGUCGAUGCCGGCGGGAACGCUGUGAUGCCUGAUCUGAUCGCGGUCCCCUCUGCUAGUGAAGGAGGAGUGGACCCUUCAAGAUCCCAGACAGUGGGAGAAGAGCCAGAGGAAGGAGAGCGAGAAGAAGGGGAGAUGGACGAGACUGCGCCUGAGGAGCAGGGCGAGCUUGGCCAACCUGAAGCGCCAGAUGAGACUGCCUACCCACAAGCUGCUCCUACUGGGUCCAUACACCCGACGCAACGACCUCUGCACUUGGGCUCGCUUCCUGGCAGACAGUCUUACAGCCAGCAAGCGCCCUCUGAAUCUGGAGGGGCGAGCGACUCGGCAACUCCGUUGACGCCUGCUAUGCCCGCAACUACGACACCUUCGAUCAGUUCUGCAGUGGGUCAGAAUCCAUACUCAUCUGCCGCAUGGCAAAAUCCCGCGACUUCGACGCCGAAUCCGACACAAACGCCUGCUCGCUCAGCAGCCCCCAAGACCGUCCCUACCUAUACUGCUGCUCACUUCAGCAAGAGUGUCCAACCCGAGUGGGAUGCUGAGCUGUGGACUCUAUCAGCACAUCGGCUGGCCGCGAUUUCCCAACAUCCGAUAUCUACGAACUUCCACGUGUCUCUACAAGAUCCUCCUACGACACCGGGCUUGAGUGGGGUACCUUCGAGCAUCGUGAGCGGUCUCAGAACAGCGCUGGCUGACCUGAAGGAAGCCACGACUGAGCUGGAGAUGAGCUCAAUUCGCAGUCGCGAAUGCGAGAGGAGUAGAGCCGAAGCUGCUCAGAUGUAA